CAGUUGCUGGGUGCUGGGGACAUGUUUAAGGGUACAGAGCAAGUCUGGUAUAUUGUUUUGAAAAUUGCGUUGUUCUAGUUUAGAAAUCGUAAGUAAUAUAACCCCUGUUAUUGAAGCAGUUUUACUAGUAACUGUAGUCGUGGCAAACGAUACCGACGUCAUUUCGAUUCCUGGACUGACGACUUCAGUUUAAUUAUAUUCAGUGUAACUGUUCACAAUACCUACCAUCUGCAGUUUAAUUAUCUCCAGUGUAAAUUGUGUGUUUACAAUACUUACCAUCUGCAGUUUAGCCAGUGCAUAGUUGGAAAAGAUUGUUUUGUUUUAAUACGUUUUUUUUGUUUUUUCUUCCAUGUGUUUAUUAAGUGGCCAACUGAACAAACCGUUGCUUACGUCUGAUUUAGUCAAUUUGGCUUAAUAAUUAUCCUCACCUAAUUUAUAAUAAAACCAUAUUAAUACGCUACUGUUCAGUUUAGAAAAAAAAAAAUACAACUGCAAAGGUGACACUUAUGGGGUGUAGGUGAUGAGGAAGUAGUUAGGCAGUCUGCUAGCUGGUGUAGGGAAUCGUGUUUUUCUUCUACCAGGUAUUUUAAAAUACAAAAUGUCGUACAGAUACACCCGAACCCCAACGCAUAUAUUAUUAUGGUAGUAUAUCUAUCUAUUUAUCUAUCUGUCUGGAUAGAUAAUUUAUCUUGUUGCUUUAGCAGUUUGUUUUUAUGAAUAAAAUACAGUUUGAAAAAAAAAGUGCUGUUUGAUAAUGGCAUUUACCUUAAAAUGCAAGGAUUACAUAACGUCCUUGUUCUGAAACAUUAAAGCUACAUUUUGUCUAUGUUGCAAUGCAUUCUCAGACCACAGUCUGGAAACUUAAUGGAUAACUUAAGUUUUUCGAUUGAUUCAAAGUGGCACCACCCUGGCACCAUCCUUAGUUAAGGAAUUCCAAAGCUCCGUUCACACUGGCGCUCCAACCAGGUCCCGACUACCCAAGUCACAAUCCCGAGUAGUGUGAAACCAUGUACUUGCGUUGUACCCGAGUUGACCCCGGGUCGGCAGCGACCCACCCUUAAGAAGUGGGUCGACCUUAGCAAACUGCAUGAUGGCCGAUGAAGUAACAAACGGCUACGCCUGCAUAAAGGUUUCACUUCUGCAAGGAACAUUUAUAUUUAUUCAGCAGGGAUGAGGAAACAUUUGAUCUAAUCAACAUUUGGGCGAUCGAUUCAAACCAGAGAAGUUUGGAUAGAUUCGUCCGUAUUGUAUUUGCUUGUCACCCAGGUAGACUCUGCUUCUUCAAAAAGCAGUGUGAAAUUGUGUAGCCGAUCCGCUUGACACUGAGCAUGUCAGUGUGAAAGGGGCUCAAGACUGGUUCUAAUUGGGGGUCUAUGAAACAAGGGUGUUAGUUUUAUAUAUGUGUUAUGUGUUUUUGAAUGUUAUGAGGUUUCUGUCAGAAUAUUGUACUUUAUGUAGUUGCAGAAUGGAGAGGGCUGAGGAGAUGGAUAAUUUUAUAAGUGCAGCUCAGGUGCCUGUAUAUGAACAUCUGGACAGAUUGUCUGAGCAUAACUCGGAUCCAGAAGAAGCCUUUCAGCCCCAUAGGAGACAGGGCAGGCAAGAGAAGUCACCCAAGGAACCAAUGGACGUGAACGUACCACAAGAGAGGAAUGUGGAUCAAGAGCAGGUGCACAGAAGCAGAGAUGAGCAGUUACCAGGGCGACCGGAGAACACAACAACAACGGAAUCUCCUAAGAGAUGGGACAGGUGCAGACGAGGACACUUUCUUCAUGGACCAUAUCCAGCAACACACUUUGGGCCCAAGGCCUGUAUUCUUCCUAAUCCUACUUCUGUCAUGCACAUCCAAGAUCCAGCCAGUCAGAGGCUCACCUGGAGCAAGCCUCCCGUCAAUGUCCUUGUUAUUAAGAAGAUCCGGGAUGAGAGCCUGCUGGAACCCUUCAGACAGCUCUGCAGGUUCCUGGUUGAGGAGAAGCAGCUGGUGGUUUAUGUUGAGAAGAAGGUGGUGGAGGACUCUGCUCUUUCAAACGACGAGGCUUUUCAUACCAUCCGAAACCAGCUGUGCUCUUUCAGAGAAGGAUAUGAUGACAUUUCCAAAUGUAUAGACCUGAUUGUCUGCUUGGGGGGUGACGGAACACUUCUAUAUGCAUCUUCUCUGUUCCAGGGCAGUGUUCCUCCAGUCAUGGCAUUCCAUCUAGGCUCUCUGGGGUUUCUCACACCAUUCAAAUUUGAAUCAUACAAAACAGAGGUGACCAAGGUUUUCGAAGGAAAUGCAGCUAUAGUCCUUCGUAGUCGUUUGAAAGUGAAGGUGGUGAAAGACAUAAAGCAUGUGCAGGAGACUGGAAACAAGUACAAAGUAGAAGAAAAUGGACUUGUCCCGCAGAGCCACACUGACAAAGAGGCUGGAACCAUUACCAUGCAAUUACAGGCACUCAAUGAGGUGGUUGUGGACCGAGGACCUUCCUCGUAUCUUUCCAACGUGGACUUGUAUCUGGAUGGGAGAUUGAUUACCUCAGUGCAGGGAGAUGGUGUGAUCGUGUCGACGCCAACGGGCAGCACAGCGUACGCCGCUGCGGCUGGGGCUUCCAUGAUCCAUCCCAACGUUCCAGCCAUCAUGGUGACUCCCAUCUGCCCACACUCCCUCUCAUUCCGACCCAUUGUCGUGCCUGCCGGAGUGGAACUCAUGAUAAUGUUAUCUCCAGAUGCCAGGAACACAGCUUGGGUGUCUUUUGAUGGCAGGAAGAGACAAGAGAUCCAGCAUGGUGACAGAAUCAAAAUAACGACGUCCUGCUAUCCAGUGCCCUGCAUCUGCUGCCACGACCUGGUUUAUGACUGGUUCGAGAGCCUGGCUGAGUGUCUCCACUGGAACGUCCGCAAGAAGCAGACCAGACUGAGUGACUCUCCAAACUCCUCCGACACAGAGAACUGAGGCACAGCGGGACGAUGGUGGGGGUCAGAAAACACAAACCAAGGCUUGCAGCUGCAAACUACAUGGCCAUUCUCCAAGUGUUUUAGUGACCUUAAACAAGGCCUUUCAGAAACUGGUAACAAACCACUUUAAAAUAAAUAAAAAGGAUUUUCCACAUUUGGAGUAAAAUAUUUUGAAAAUGGCCAGCUUGUGGUUUGGUACUUUUCAGGAGUAUUUACUGCAUACACCGUAACUUUAUCUGUCAUUUUUGUAUGCAGAACAGGUUACAUUUAUAAGCUGUUUUCACCUUAUUUAAUUGCAGAUUUAUUUUGAUUGAUAGAUACAUAGAUAGAUCUCAUUAAUUAAAGAAUAUUAUCUGUGUUGGUAAGUGCAUAAUUAAGUAAAGGCUGUUUCAUCCCCGCAUCAAAUGGAACCUAUAAGGAAUUAAGGGUACCACGGGAAAACUUGGAGUGUCUUGGGGAUACCAAAACAAAUGUGCGAGUUCCCCAGUCUUGUCACUUGAAAAGCUGAUGGAAAGAAUGUACAGUAACUCGAGGUUGAUUAUAAACAUACCAGUAAUACAUGCACUGCCCACUGUACAUUUCCUAGGAGGGCAUCCCAGGAAAUGUUAUUUUCUCCCAGAGAAUACCAAGAAAUAGAUUUGCAUGAUUGCCAUGUAUGCCUUUUUAUCACCCAUACAUGUUUUAUAUAAAAUAAUAAAAUCUGUAACUACAGUUAAAAUUGUACUUAGUCUAUUUACCUGUAAAAUAUGAGUUGAUUGGUUAUGUUAAAAUAAAUAGUAUUUGAUUUAACCCAGACUUUGGUCUGUUUAGUUUAGUAUGUAAUGUGUUUAUUUAAAUGUCAGGCUAAAUAUUGUCAACUCCCAUGUGAUGAUAUUUAAAGAUGAGCAAAAUCUUUUUUUUUUUUGUUAAACAUAGUCUGUAAAUGUGAUCGUCACAUUAGUAUAAAAAGACAACAUCACUGCUUUUUUUUUUUUAUUGCAAUAAAAGGAUACAUUCAUAUAUAUAUAUUUUUUUUUUCAGACAGACAUUAAUUGUUUAAAUUAUGUUCCAGUAACUACAAAUACAAUUCUUUCAAUCCAAAUAUGGACAACUAAGUGGUUAAGAGGUUAAAACUGAGAAAUGGGUUGGGAAUUUUCGUUUCUCUUUGAAAUGUGUGGAAAAGCAGCCGUUAACUACAAUAUACAACAUUCCGAUACUGUGCAACACUCACAUACAAUUUGAGAUACCUUGAAACAGUUCCACCAAGAUCUACAAUAAAGCAAAUGGCAAAUCUUUCUUUUUGAAAGACAAACAUUAAAACACAGAAAAUGCAUUUUGUCUGGUAAGAAAAAGAAGCAAUAUUAUAUAGAAAACUCUUAUACUACUUUCUGUGCUAUCUUAACUACAAACUGUAUGGUCCUCUUUAGUUAUACUUGGAUAAAUGAAUAGUCAACAGGAGUACAAAAAGCCAAUGCUGGAAACAUUAGUAGGUUGUGCUUAGAAGUGUCCAAAUUAAAAUUGGUGUAAACCAGCAGGUAUUUAAUGGGAUAACUAAAAGAUAAUUACUGUAGCACAUAGGAAAAAGUAUUAGUUGGAAAUGCACUGUUAUGGACUUUUGGAUUUAAAAACACAAAAAUGCAUUAUAAUCAAUACAAGGCAAAUCAGUUGUAACACAAAGUUCUUUCCAUGUGCUUUACACAUUUUUCAGAACAAUAAAAACAGGAUUUGCAUUUAAAUGUUGACUGUAUGUAAUAAUAAUAAUAAUAAUAAUAAUAAUAAUUGCAGCUGUCUAUACAAAUGUUAAUUAAUUAUGUACAUAAUGGCCCUACCCCAGUCUAGUCUACAUAUGUAUUUAAGGAACUUACUUAAAAUAAGGUCAACUGAAUUUUUUAUUUUGCAUUACAGGCCUAUUUUAAAUCAAGUUUCAAUAACUUACUGUCAACCAUAAAGGUCCAAGUCCAAGCAUUUCUCCAUUAUCCUUGGUGUAUUCUUAUUCUGAAUUACAAAUACUGAUUGGCCUUAAACAUUAAACUCCAUUCUACUGAAAGCAACCAUGCUGUUAUUUUUACUUUGAUGGAUCCUAUGUAAAUAAUCAGUACUGAUGUAAUCAUACAUUUUUAUGUUGCAUAUAAAAUUAUACUGUUCAUCACCACAUAUAUUUUGUAUUUAUAUAAAAAAGCAUUAUUAAAAUGACUUCUAAUAAUGAACAUGCAUUUAGUAACUGCUGAUGUUUUGGCACAAUUCUGUGUUUGCAUUAGCACUGAUCUGCAAGAGAACCAAUUUAAUUUUAGAACACUUUAUAAACUAAAAAGUCCAGAAAAAUGACAUGUUUUUAUUUUAUUUUUAUUUUUUAUCAUUGUCCCUCAUUUUAAUCUUACCAAUAUUUUGUUUUAUAUUACUGUGUCCUUAGUUUACCAGAUUUGUUCCCAGCAUUAGCUGGCUGCACCAUGCUGCAGAUGGAAAAGUCAAUGUAAUGAUGUACAAAGAAAUCAGAUUUCCUAUGUUGGUAACCAACUACUGACAGUUUUUUUUUUUUUUUUUUU